CUACACGUCUUCCUGUUUUGUGAUCAUGUGAAUCAUUUUGAUAUAACAAUGAAGUAGACUGAUAGAGAUUUGUAUACCAACCUCAAGUCAAAGAGGACAUUUGGUCAUUUGAAAGUGAAGAGAUUAGGGCGAGUACAUCUGGACUUGUUUGGUCCUAUAUACUGUAGCAAAGCAGCGAUGAGUGGAUUUUUAGUGCAGCAGAAAGACCUGUUGCUCAGCAGUGGAGUCUGUCUGGUCUUUCUGAGGAAGUUCUGUGGUUGAGGUGGCUGCUGCUGAGUGGAGCGGUGCUACAGACAAGCUCUUCCCCAUCAGUGUCAUUGGACUUCACUGAACACAACAUCUCAAUACAGCUUAGAGCUGAAACUUGAGCAUAUAGAUAGAUUUUUACUGUAAUGUUACAUGAUUUGAGCUUCCUGUUUAAUUUCAUUAGUUUACUAGUGGGAGAUUCAGGAGUAAGGUCAACAUUUUGGCAUAUCAUAUUUUGAUAUUUUAUUUAAAUUAAUUUACAAUUUGAGCCAGAAUGUAUUUGUUCUGCCUAUUUGCUUUGUGAAAUGUUGACAUUUGUAUGCCUUUUAAAAAACGUGUUAUCUGGUGACUUGACUGAAGACAUCAUCUUCAAGACGGCUAGCUGCAGAGAUUUGUCAUUCCUCUUUUAUAAGGGCCGUCUACUUCCCUUCCAUUAGAUUGAGUCUACAAAACUCUGUGCCCCUGCUGCUUCUCGCUUCCCCACCAUGCCUCGCUCUUUCCUGGUGAGGAGGGGGGGCUCACACCCUCUGCGCCCCAAAGCAGGUAGCCCCUGCUUGGGUACGACUCUGGUGCCAGUGGGUCCCUCAGAAACAGACAAGAUGCAGUGGGGUACCCUUCAGGGACGGCCGUCACCAAAGAGUGCAGUGUCUCUAGUGACACACAGUGAGGCCUACCCACCACAGCCCUCUCCACCUCCAGCCCUCCACCCUCCCUCACCUAGUCCCCCUUACCUUCACCCCACCAGUCCCAUGUCUUCAGAUGGUAGAGCUGCGCUGCACCACCACUCUCCCUCCCAGUUGAACCGUGGCAGCCCUGCUGAGGAGGUGGGCUCUCCCCUCCUGGGAGAGACCCGAUACAGAGACUGUCCCCAGAUCAGUGACCACAGGACCACUGGGACUGAAUGUCCACUGUGUGGAAAGAGUUUCUUUUCUUUCUCCAGUCUGGAGUCCCACGUCCACAAGUCCCAUGGUGGCAGACACAAGCAGUCAUCAUCAACACACAUCAAGACUAACAGUCAGCCGUACGGCUAUAGGCCAGACCUGGGUUUGAGGAAAAGGGUCAAGGAGCGUACGUUUGGCUGUAAGGUGUGUGGGAAAGUGUUCAAGCGCUCCUCUACCCUGUCCACUCACCUGCUAAUCCACUCUGACACGCGCCCCUACCCCUGUCAAUACUGUGGCAAAAGAUUUCACCAGAAAUCUGAUAUGAAAAAACACACCUUCAUUCACACAGGUGAGAAGCCCCAUGUGUGCCAGGUGUGUGGCAAAGCCUUCAGCCAGAGCUCCAACCUCAUCACCCACAGCCGUCAGCACAGUGGCAACCAGCCCUACCACUGCCUCUAUGGCUUCCAGCGCAAACAGGACCUGAGACAAAACCAGGAGAACCACCAGACAUAGACCUUUAGGUCAAGACCCUGGCUAAGAGCUGAUCUGAGCUCAAUUUUCACAAUCGGGAGAACCACUGUACAUAGAUAGCAACUCAAACACCCUCACAUGGUCAUAGCUGACCCCAGAUCAUUUUUUCAUUAUAAGGGCACAACUGGACAAGCUAAACAGAAGCUGGGGAUGGAUGGAAGAACGGAUGGAUGCUCCACAAAAAAAUCGAACAAACAUUUACCUUGACUGUAGUUGAAUCCCAACUGUAUAUUUUGCCUACAUAUAUAUUUCUGUUUUUACAGUGUCAUCAUAGGGUCAUAUCUGAAAAUAUGUUGAAAACACCUUUGAAACAUUCCAAUCCCAUUUAUAUUCCAAAGUAUCGCUUUCUUAAGUGUGUGCAUUAAAAAUCUUUGUUAUCCACUUUCAGAUUUGGAUAACAACAAGAUAUUAUUGUUAUGAAUGAAUGAUCAUUGUUUUUUUUAGUGAUCAAACUCCCUAGAUUUUUAAUGAUUUACCUCUCGGGGUGGUUUUAAAGGUAUGUCACUUUGAGAUAAAAGUAGUUAAACCGUGUGCAACGCCCGCGUAGGUUCUCUGGAAUUCUCUGGAAAUGAAUCAUUAUUUUCAUUCUCUUUAAUUCUCUGGAACGGAAACAUUUACCUGGAUUGAAAUACCUGUGAUAGGCUGAGAAAGCCCCCCUCUCUCUCUGUCAGCGCUACCCUAUAAAAGCACAGCCAAAAGCACUGCACUAAAACACCUGAUCCCUUCGACCUUCAAGCCCUCCACUGCACCACCAAGGAAGAACACCCAGACACAGCAACAAUGGGUUAGGGAAAGAGUACUCCAGCUUCAGCCAUGACGACAGCCAUGACGACAGCCAUGACGACAGCAUUGACAUAUCAGGCGUAAACGUAUCAGACCAAAGCAUAUAAGGUGGUAAGGCCGAUAUUUCAACUGGCAAAUCACCAAUCAGGCCGGAGUGUACGUUUGGCUGUGUAAGGUGUGUGGGAAAGUGUUCAAGUGCUCCUUCACCCUAUCCACUCACCUGCCACCCACUCUGACAUGCGGCCCUACCCCUGUCAAUGCUGUGGCAAAAGAUUGCCAGAAAUCUGAUAUGAAAAAACACACCUUCAUUCAAACAGGUGAGAAGCCCCAUGUGUGCCUGGUGUGUGGCAAAGCCUUCAACCAGAGCUCCAACCACAUCACGCACAGUGGCAACCAGCCCUACCACUGCCGCUGCUGCCUCUACGGCUUCCAACGCAAACUGGACCUGAGACAGCGCAUAUACCUUCAGGCUAAGACCCUGAUACCAGCUGAUCUGAGAUCAGUUUUAAUAAGCAAGAGAACCACUCCACAUAGAUAGCAACUCAGAGACUCUCACAUGGUCACAGCUGACCCCAGCAAAUGUUUUAAUUUUUAGUCUGAUCAUUUUUUUCUUAUUUUAGGUGAUCAAACUCUCUUGAUUGUCUGUGAUUUACUUGUCAGGCGUAGUUCAAGGAAUGGUACUUUGAGAUAAAAUGUAGUGUUUGACAUCUAAAUAUACAGCUCUUGUGACACCCACGUCGGUUCUCAAAUGAAAUCCUUCUCUUCAGUUCUCUGGCACAUAAACUUUUACCUGGAUUGGGCUGAGAACCCCCCACCGACCCUCCCUCCUUCCCUCUGUAAGCUCUACCCUAUAAAAACAGAGCCAUCUCUCCGCUCUGCAGUAGAACAACUGAUCACUACAACCUUCAAGCCCUCCACUGCACUGAGGAAGAACACCCAGACACAGCAGCAAUGGGAGCUAGUGGUUCAAUCAACGUCAACAGCGAUGCGCAAGGUUGUAAUAUAGCCAACGCAACAGGUGGCAAAGUGCGUCUCUACUACAAGUCAGAGAAGAUGGCUCUCAGUGACCUCAUCGAGGGGAGUCAUCUCAAGAAGGGCGACUCCAUGCUCAUCCUGGAAGGCACCGUUAAGAAGAGCGUUCUCCCGCAUAACCUCUAUGUCACUGGCUUCCAAGUAGAAAGUGACAAUUUACAUAGUUGCCCUAAGGAAUCCCCACUGAAUGGGCUGAACAACUUCCUGGCAGAGUAUGCUGAGGGUCAACACAAGUCCUACAUCCUCACUGCUGACAAAGAGGUCAAGUUCGCUAAGACCGGAGAGAUGUGGGUGGAUGAGGACGGGGUGGAUCACAACCCCAAAAAGUAACGCCACCAGGGAACCUGUAUCUUAACACCCUUUAUUAAUCACAGAUUAAACUUCAAGAGAUUCAAUCACAGAUGCAUGAAAUGGGGUGUUCUUACUGCUAAUGCUUUUUGUAUGGUAGAAAUCAGCAACUCUACUUUUUGACAAAUAAAUGUGUUACCAAACUGA